GAAAAGCGUGGUUGGUUGGUUAGGUUUGGUUUGAGUGGGUAAUGUGCAGUGUAGGUGUAAUGGUCAAACAUAAAACAACGCAACAGCUUCUUCGCUUUUCAGUCUCUCUCUUUGUUCUUAUUAUCUUUCUGAACACUGCCCGACGUCUGCUACUGCCUGCAUUAUAUCGUAAAGCUUCGGACCCAACAACGCUCGGCCACAUCACUCCUCCGUCUUUGAAGGAGCCACACUGCAAUAUUUUCCACGUCCUGGAUUUCCUAGAUCUGGUUGACAAUUGGGUUCUGAGAAAGGAACUCAUCGCACGUUUGUUGACAUGAAAAGAUGAGAGAACCGUAUGCAUUUAUUAGACUAGGGAAAUCCAACGUGGCUCUUGAAGUUAUUCUUAUUUUGGGCCACCACCAUUGUGUAUAGUCUCAGUUCUGGUGUCGAACUGAUCAUCAGUGAGGCUUGUGGCUUUUUCACUUUGAUUUCCCCCUUGCUUCUAAAGGGCCUAGGUAUGAAGUCAAACAAUGUCAUAUAUAAAUUGAAGCCUCAACAAUGGUUCAAGUUUGAGUCUAUAGAUAAAUGACAAAUGUAUCAACGAAACAGUGUCCCUAGUUUAAGUCUACUUGGAAGCAACACAUUGGUGCAUGGUCAGCAGUUUGAUUGUGGUGGAAGUACAAUGGAACCAAUCAAUGGAGGGAACAGUUUCGCAAACAAUUCCAAUCUGAGCUCAAAGCAACGGCUACGCUGGACACAUGAGCUCCACGAACGCUUUGUUGAUGCUGUGGCGCAGCUUGGUGGGCCUGAUCGUGCCACACCAAAAGGUGUCCUUAGAGUGAUGGGUGUACAAGGCUUAACAAUAUAUCACGUCAAAAGCCAUCUGCAGAAAUAUCGUCUUGCUAAAUACCUCCCUGACUCCUCAUUUGAUGGGAAAAAAGCCGACAAGAAAGAAACAGGGGAUAUGCUUUCCAAUCUAGAUGGUUCACCAGGGAUGCAGAUUACUGAAGCUCUAAAGCUGCAAAUGGAGGUGCAGAAGCGAUUACAUGAGCAAUUGGAGGUUCAGAGACAGCUACAACUUCGGAUUGAAGCCCAGGGCAAAUACUUGAAGAAGAUAAUUGAAGAACACCAGCGGCUCAGUGGUGUUCUUUCCCAAGCACCCGGCUCAGGGGAUGCAGACUCAGUGCCAGGUGACGCCUGCCAAGACCCUGACAAUGAGAAUGACCCAUCAACUCCUGCCCCUACAUCUGAGUGCCCCCUUCAGGAAAAAGCUACUAAAGAACGUGCUCCGGCAAAGAGUCUCUCAAUCGACGAAUCCUUUUCAUCCCACAACGAACCAUUAACGCCUGAUUCUGGCUGCCCUGCUGGUUCCCCUAUCAAUAGCCCUAGAGAGAAGAGGAUGAUAAAAAAGCAAAGGGUGAGCUUGGAAGGAGCAUUUUCUAAAGCAGAAAUGGUGCUUCCACAUCAUAUACUUGAGUCAAGCAUGUCAUCAAGUCAGCAAUUGAACAGUGUGUUUCCUACGCUGGAGCAGUUUGAUCCUUCACUAGGAAUAUCUACCAGAAGUGACGGGGAACUGAAGAAGGUUGGCGGGGGAAAUCUGUGAUUGACUGUAAUAUUUGGCUUCUGUAUUAGGACUAUACCUACUAUCAUCUGAGGUUAGUUGGGUGAAUGACUUGAUAGAUCAAAGAUCCUUUUCAUGAUAAAUUCCUAACGUCACUAGGUUUAAACAGUUAGCUAAAUUUCCACGUUUUAAUUACAUUCAGAGACAUUAUGUAAAUUGGUUUGAUCUCCACUUUCUUGUAAUCUGUUCCUUACACUUGUUCAUCACUGUAUCAUCUGAAUGUUGAUGGGUUAGUUCUGGUA